GUGCCUCAUAUGCGCGUGCCAUACGAGCCCAAACACAUUUAAAUAGUCGUGUAGUGUCGUUGUGUAUUGUUAUGCAUAUUUAAGUGGAUUAACAUUUCCAAUUCGAGGUGAGUGAAUUUGUGUCAGUGUUUGCUCUACUUUCUUUUUCUUCAGUGAACGUAAACAGUUCAACUUCACCGGAAACACUCUCUCUUGAAUUUCAGAGUAAAACAAACUUCAAGCUACCCACGCUGUCUGGCGUUUUAUUUUGAAAAAUUCUAAAAGGUUACGGGGCGUCCCAACUCUUGUUUCGUGCUCCGACGUGAUACUACUGCAACUAGUGUAGUUGCACGCAUUUCGCUGCGUCGUAUUUACCCCACACUUUGUAAUUUUCAGUGGCUUCGAGGCUUCUGGCUGUAUUCGUACAACAACGGGUCUUUUUCGGAGUCGCUACGCGUGACAUGUUGGACGCGUGUACGGCUUUGUAGGAGUCUUUUACAGAGUGGUGUCGUUAGGCCUGUUCGGGUUAUUUCCAUCACUGCCAUUGGCUAACAAGUCCCAAAACAGACAUGUCAUUAGAGGACUACGAAAGGCAUUUCGACUCGCUGAAUUCAGAUUUGGGUGGCGGGUCUGUGGUCAGUGAACGGUCGGCGUCGAGCAAUUUUAACGGCGAGGAGGAGAAGUUGCAUUACAUUCCUAUCCGGAUCCUCGGUAGAGGGGCGUUUGGUGAAGCGACUCUGUACAGGCGGAUAGAGGACAACUCUCUUGUGGUAUGGAAGGAAGUGGACCUGAACUCGCUCUCAGAAAAGGAGCGCCGCGAUGUCAUGAAUGAAAUCAGCAUCCUCUCCAUCCUGGAGCACAACAACAUCAUAGCCUACUUUAACCACUUCAUGGAUAAAAACUCCCUGCUUAUUGAGUUGGAGUAUUGCAAUGGAGGGAAUCUGUAUGAUAAAAUCAUCCAACAGAAGGGGAAACUUUUCAAUGAAACGGUGGUUAUAUGGUACCUGUACCAAAUUGCCUCAGCGGUGGCCCACAUUCACAAGGCUGGGAUAUUACACAGAGAUAUUAAAACUCUGAAUAUUUUCCUGACAAAGACCGACCUCAUUAAGCUGGGUGACUAUGGCCUCGCGAAGAAGCUAGACUCAGAGUUUUCAAUGGCAGAGACGUGUGUUGGAACGCCAUAUUACAUGUCACCAGAAUUGUGUCAGGGAUCAAAGUACAACUUCAAAUCUGACAUCUGGGCCAUGGGUUGUGUACUAUACGAAGUCUUAACCCUCACAAGAACAUUUGAUGCAACGAACCCUUUGAACCUCUGUGUGAAAAUAGUCCAGGGCAACUGGACAAUGGACGUGAACUCAGAGGUUUUUUCGUCUGCAUUGAUCAAGCUGGUGUAUGAGUGCCUUGAUCAAGAUCCUGUAAAGAGGCCCACAGCGGAGCAAGUUCUGGACCAUCCGUUCAUCUCCUGCUGCCGACAGGAGCUUGAAGAGCGAGUUGCCCUGCUGAAUACUGCAAUGAAGAAACCAAAGCUGAGUACAGUGACCGAAACCCCUGUUGCUGUGGUAACCACACGCUCGAGGGAGGUGUACUUCUGGGGUGGAGGGAAGUUCACCCCCCAGAAACUGGACACUUUUAAGGGAGGCACUAGUGCCCAACAAGUGUGUGCAGGAGAGAGUCACUUUGCAGUGGUGACUGUGGAAAAGGAGCUGUACACUUGGGCUGACAUCCAAGGUGGAGCAAAGAUGGUGGGCCAGCUCGGGCAUGGAGACCAGGCCUCAUACAGGCAGCCAAAGAGGUUGGAUAAGCUUCAGGGGAAGGCAGUUCGACAGGUGGCAUGUGGGGCUGACUUCACUGCCUGCAUCACUGAUGAGGACCAGAUGUACAUGUUUGGGUCAGACUAUUAUGGCUGCAUUGGAGUGGAGAGCAUGUUUGGAAGUGAGGUUUUAGAGCCAGUACUUUUGGAGUUCUUUGAAGAGCGACCGGUCCGCCAGGUUUCGUGUGGAGACAACCAUGUGGUGGUGCUGACUCACGGCGGGGAAAUCUACUCGUGGGGCUGUGGAGAGUAUGGGCGUCUUGGCCUGGAAUGUGAGGAUGACUUCUCUUCUCCGAUGCAAGUGGAGGUUCCUAAAGCUGCCACCAUCUCAUCAGUGUCUUGUGGCAGUGAUGGAACCUUCUUUUUGACAGAGAGUGGCAAAGUCCUUGCAUGUGGAAACAAUGAAUACAACAAACUGGGUCUUAACCAGGGAGUCUCUGGUAUCAAAAACCACCCUGGAGAGGGUUACCAGGGGAUCCCAUACAUCACCUCUCUGACCUUGGCAAAGCAACUGUCGCGAUUCACGAUUCAAGUCAUAGCUCCAGGGAAGACCCACACUGCUGCAGUAGAUGGACGUGGUCGUCUCCUCACUUUUGGUUGUAACAAAUACGGGCAGCUGGGUGUGAAGGACUUUAAGAAGCACCCAGGCGUCCAAGUCCUUGUCGGACCCUUUGGAGGAAAGAUGGUAACAAAGGUGUCCUGUGGAGAUGGCUUUACCAUCGUUGCCACUGAGGACAAUCAGAUCUUUGCAUGGGGAAAUGCGGGAAAUGGAAGACUCGGGAUGCCUCCCGAUAAGGGAUUUGGUUCAGAGGUUUGCCCUGCCAUGCCAAGGCCCAUAUUUGGUUCCCUCCAUCAUGUACCAGACCUGUCUUGCUGCGCCUGGCACACAAUUAUCAUCAUGGAGAAAGUGCUGAACUCCAAGACUAUUCGCUCCAACAGCAGUGGUGUAUCAAUUGGACUGGGUCAGGGGGCAUCCACAUCAACAGUGGAUCUGGACUUGGAGCCUGGUUCAGAGACAGAGUGUCGUGACAGGGGCCUGGGGGGGACAUUGGAGGAUAAUACAGAGGGUUGCCUCAUGGAGACCCCAAUGAUGUCGAUGACAAGUCAGACUGGAGACAGCUCAUGUCCCUUCUGGCUGAGAAAGGAGCUCGAGGACGCAGAGUUCAUCCCGAUCCCGGACGAGUCGGAGCUAUCCACUCCUAACCAGCUCUCCUCCAUCUCAGAGAGCGUCACGUUACCGUAUGAGGAGCUCAAAGAGCUGAAGGCUGCAGCAGCUGCUGUCAGCACCAAGAAAGACCUCCCGACUAAACGAAUGAGCCGUGAUAGCAUCAACGGACUGGAGGGGGCUCAUGUCUGCAAAAAAGGAGAAUCUGGAGGAUGCUGCAGUGCUAGUAGCGAGAUCACACAGCUACGAGAGACAGUUGCCCAUCAGGAGAUGAGGAUCCAGAUGCUGGAGAAGCAGGUCAGUGAUCAGCUGAAGGAGAACGAGAGGCUCUGGGCGGCAAUGAACUGUUCAGUUCUACGGGAAGCAGGACGUGACAACGGAAACCACCACUCUGGUCCUAUGCCUGGGGACGUUGGGGGAAGAGGAGGUGGAUUUUCAAACCACGGGAGCAGAUCUGCAGGCGCCAGUGUGUGAACCUCGCCUGCGCGUUUUCAGGCGGUGGCGAAAAAGUGUCGCAACUCACAGCGCCUACAAGAAUAAAGCAGCUGGUUAGGCGGGGAAGUGGAAGCUUGGUCAGAGGAACAGUGGACACUGCAUCCUCAUGGUUACAUUACUGUACAUGUUUGGCAGAGCACUUCAUGUGCAUACUUACAUUUUAUAUUUAAUACUAUAUAAAGCCUUGCACACACUCUGUACGCGCACUUGUGUUCACCUGGGUGCAGCAAUCUAGCGAGUUUCUCUACAGACUCAAAUGUUGGCUGGAUUCAACAUGAAGCAUUGGACCUUUUUAAGAGACAAUCUGAUCGAGGUGUUACACUGCAAUGUGAAUGCUAAAUCCACAUGUUAGAUAUCAUUGGGUUUUUUUUUUCCGUGAUGUCAGCACCGAGGUUUCAGAGAAUAGUGCCUCACAUGCUGGUGUAUUUAUCACGUAACAGGCAAGACCAAUUCAAAUGCAAACAGGAAACCAUUUGUUAAUGGAUCCAAUGUGUCCGUGCUCUCGCUGGCACAGUCGUGAAAUGUGAAAAACGCAGGUUAAAUAUCACUUAAUUGGUAAGUAUUUAACUUCGUCUGAAAGAACCUAAAACAGCACCAUUCAUCAGACACAUAAGCAAACGCAUAACAAAUAUAAACCUUUUUCAAUUUUGCAUGUUUUUAUUGUCUUAGAGAGAAUUUGUGAAACACAAAAACUACUGAUUUCAUUUUUUUUUUCAAGUUGGUUACCUUUUUUUUUUUUUAAUAUAACCCUUGACUCAUGAAUUCAUGUUGGUGCGACACAUGUAGGUCUGUCUUUGUGUGUGUGUGUGUGUAUGUAUGUAUGAAGACUUGAAGAGUUUUCUUAGAAUGUGGGGAAAACAUGGUCUCUAAAGCCUUCGUUUUUACAGCUGACUUUGCAGCUAACGUUUAUUUUGAAACCAUUGUAUCUGUUGUUGGUAGUUUUGAAACAUUUGUAGAAGCAAAUGUCGUUUGCUUUUGUUUCGGAGAACCCGGCGGUUCUGGUUAUUGUUUGUAUGUUACAACAAAUGUGUGUAAUAAUUACUUUACAAGCUGUUAAUGGCUGAUAUCACACAGUGCAGUUU